AUCAAUUUAGAUUUGAUACAAGCAUAGUAUAGAAAAAUAUUGUAGAUAGUAUUUUGAAUAACAUGAUGAUUUUCUUGUAUACUUCACAGUUGUGACUCUCAAAAACCCAAUAGAAGCACUUGAUACUCUUAGGGCAAGAAAAGGGUUUUUUGAUCUUGUUGUCACUGACCUCCACAUGCCUCAAAUGAAUGGUCUUCAAUUACAAAAGAAAGUAAUGCAAGAAUUCAACCUUCCUGUUAUUAUGAUGUCAGCUGAUGAAAAGCCUAGUGUGAUAUUGAAGAGUUUAGAGGAGGGUGUAGCAUUUUACAUGGUAAAACCAAUAAGCCUAGAUGAUGUCAAACAUAUAUGGCAAUGUGCUAUUUCACCCAAGAAUGUUAUAUCUAACCAAACAACAACAAUUAUCCGACGACAAUUGUCGAUCGACAAAUCGUCGAGCUCUUCGACACCUUGUUCGGAAAAGGAGAUCAUCAAAUCUAAAUCUACAUCGUCAAAACUCAAGAACAAGAAGGAAAAACAAAAUUCCAUUGCCAUAAGAAAGCCAAAGGUGAUUUGGACUAAUUCACUUCACAAUCGCUUUUUACAAGCCAUUAGACUAAUAGGCCUUCACAAGGCAGUCCCAAAGAAGAUCCUUGAGUUCAUGAAUGUGCCUGGCUUGACCAGAGAAAAUGUUGCCAGCCAUUUACAGAAGUACAGAAUUUUCUUGAAACGAGUUGCUGAAAAGGGAGCUCCUUCAACGAACAUAUAUUCUAAUUACACAUUACUAAGAUCAAGUUUUGCUAAUUCUUCUCACUUUCAAUUUCAAUCCUCAUUAAACACAUCCAAAUUCCAAUCCCAACAUUCAUAUUUCCUUCAAAAUAAACAACUAAUCCCUCCUCUAAACUACCAAUGCCCUAUUUUGGGAGCCAAUAAUAAUAAUCUCUCACAUCUCACCUCUCUUCCAAACCCUAAUCUUGAAGGACUUCCCAUGGAAAUUUUUUUGCCCCAUAUUGGGAAUCAAAACUACUCAAGUCUUUUGACUCUCAACGAACCUAACUUCCCUUGCAACGGGUUCAUCUCGAGUUCGACUCAAGACAAUCAGAAUUUUGUGUUGAUGGAGAAUGCAAACCCUAAGUAUUCGAGCAAUGGAGUGGGAAGGAAGACGACCGGAGAGGAUCAAAUUAUAUGUUUAGGUCAAAAUGGGGUAUGCAAUAAUAUUGUUCAAGCUCCUCAUGAUCUCAACAAUGGAGGACUGAGCUUGGAUAAUAAUGAAGAUAUUGGUGAACAGGAAAAUUGUUUUGAUGUUCUCAGUGAGAUCUUCAUAGGGCACAACCACAAUCAAACUUCUUUAAGGAAGGAAGAAAUGGAUGCCUCUGAUAUUUGGAAUGGGGUUGAAAUGGAUGCUUCAAUAAAGCAAGAUGACCAACCUUCAACCCUCUCUUCUCAGGCUUGGGAUGAUGGUAUUUUAGAAAUGCUUUUCGGAGAUGGUUCAUCUUCAUCAUAG